GUUCUCGAACUUUUGUUCAAAAUGAUUUGUGCGAGUCGUUAUCGGCCUUUCGUUGCUCUUCACCGCUAAGACUUACUCACUUCCUACCUCUAUCACCCACAACACAGGCAACGAAAGCGCUCGAGGACAAUAGGCCUAAGUAGAACCUCCGAGAAGUCGCGGCUGCACCGCGCGCUUCAUAGCUUUUCCAUGCUUUGAAGAAUUUGUUGCGAUACCGCCUAGUACCUUUUAGUUCUACCGAAAUUUUUCCCGCUCGAUACUGUUUUUCCUGUUCUUUCUCCACCUCUUUUUUUUUCUGUACGUUUGUGUCAGCUAUAGAAAACCAGUUCGUGUCAAAGUAUUUUCAACAACUAGAAAGAAUGAAAAGUAGAUAGACAAACACCUCAGACUACAACAUCUUCCCCUAACAACAUCUUCCCUCAACAAGAACAAUUUUCAAGCGACGGAGACACGUCGACCGUUGAUAUCUUCCGCAGCGAAAAACGAACGGCAACUCCUACAGCAGUGCAGACCUAGCUGUGUUCCUUCCAACAUCGAUCACAAUCAAGCAGCACCGCCACAGGACCAUGGUGGACCUAAAACCUGCUGCCGACCGGCUGCCGUUGGGUGAGAAAAAGGUCACCUUGCGAACCCGCAAGGAGGUACAGGACAAGGGCAAGAAGCUGCACCUCGUCAGUGCUCCAGGCUUAGCCGCGAGGAGGAACGCGGGUGGUGGUGUGCGACUGCAGCCGCGAAAGGAUGUUGCGGUGGCGGGUCACAGUGCGAGCGGCACUAUGGGAACGAAUAUGGUCGCGACUAAGCAGCCACAAAGCAGCAAGAUCGCGCUCGUCAUGAAGAAACGAAGGUAUUUCUUUUUGCUGCAUUUAUUUUUUUAUGGUUUGGUGUCUAGGCGGAUAAAAAAAAUGGAGAAAGACAAAGUCAAAACACGGCACGCUGUUCUGGGCGAGAGCCUGUAGAUUCCUUCGACCAUCAUGCGUGCGAGCGUGAGUAAUUCAAUUGUGUGAAGAACAAAUAUCAUAACAGCAAUAGUCCAAACUCGGGCGCUCUGGCGGAGAUAAUGGGCGUCGAGAAAGCCGACCUUGCUGUCGCACGCGACAUGGACCACCGUGGCAGCGGCGACAAGAGGCAGGGAAGACACCGUAUACGCAACCUAUUUGUGAAAUGUGAUUUCUUGUAUAACUGAAAUGGUGGAAGAACUUGGGACAGUAAAGAGAAUCUAAAUUGUGGAGUAGUUGUGUUUAGGGAUUAUCAUGAUCGUCUUUUCCUGCUCAUGUGAAAUUAUUUUCACAACUUACAAUCCUCCAAAAUAGGCACCUCGCACAGUGGGUCGCCGGGCAAGCCGGUGAGGUUGAAAACGAACCACGAAACCCAGCAGAAGCUGCUGCAGAAAAACCAGCGCGACCAGCCGGUGAAGUUGACGUCGCGCAACUUGCAGCAGUACGAGCAGCUGCACACCGGUUCCACGGUGGUAAUACCGCACGAGAACCGGGUCGUGGUCACCGCACAACCGGAAACGACCGCGUCUAACCCGGAGCAAACGCCCGCGCCGCGGUACGCAGCGCCGAAGGAUCUCGGCCUUCCCGAGGAGGGUUUUGACAGCAUCGGCAAGACUUCUCAGGCGGAGAAGGAAGCAGGAACAACCAGAAGAGACCCAGUCUCUUCUGGUCGCCGUGGAAACACCAGCAAGAAGCAAGACAAGGAACAAGUAGAACAGAAUGCUACAACCAGCGGAAGUAGAGAUACAACUACUGCUAAGGUAGUAAAGCACACAGCAUCAUCAACCGCAAACAAGAACGCAGAGACCGCGGCCACUUUUCUGCCGCUGCCGCGCGAGAGGACCCGGGAAGAGCAGAUGCAGCAGGAGAGUAAAGAGAAGUACAACAAGGAGCAAACUGUUACGAAUAACACGGCAGUUCUUCAGGAUGAACCGGAGGCAUCCGGUAGCAGCUCGGAUUCCGACUCCUCGUCUAUAUCAAAUGUAAAAAUGUCUGGGUCUGGAAGGUUGCCAGGUUUGUCAUGCAUAUUUUGAAUGAUCCAUGAUGUCUGUGAUCCAUGCCCUAGCGUCACAGAUCCUUAGAGGGCUUUGUGAUGCCUCUACCGCAUGAGAAAUGCCCUUUCCGCGUAGCAUAAACUGGAGUCCUCUUGCUGGUCAGGCAACACAAAUUUUUUUAGAAUCCAGAGACAGCAUUACAUUUUCCAGACCCAGACAUUUUUACAAUCCAUAGUCUAGUUGCUCGGACGACUCGGAUUCCAGCUCGGGGGAGAGCUCCCAGGAGCCGGCGGGCCCAGUCGGUGUAGUUGUACAGCAACCCGCCCCGGGUGCAGCAAGAGCAACCGUCGAGCCGGAGUAUCAGAUCGUUUAUGGCCCCGGGGGCGUCCCGCACCGCAUCCCGCUGCCCGCGGCAACGACGGCCCCGGCGGUGCAGACAAAUAAGGGAGCCGCGGGUGGAAGUAGUAAUCUUGCGACAUCAAACACCAAUCCGGCGAACGGACAGAGGUCUACUGCUGCGCAGCAGGGGAACAAUCAUUAUCAGAGUGUGGUCGCGUCUGGUACAACAACCGCAAAAGUCAAAGAUGGUAAAAACACUACGCAGAACAACAAAUUGAGCAGCACCACCACGGUUUCCAACAAGAAUGGGGCAUCGACGAUGAAGCAGCAAGAGAUUCCUUCGGACCGGUCCGACUCUUCGUCCGACGACGAAUCCGACGUCUCGGAUAUUACAAGGAAAAAUGCCCCCACCCCCGAACUUGGGAGCAUUUGUAUUGCAAACCUUUCCAAAAGAAACACUCGCCCUCUUGCAUCUUUCAGCAUCACAGAUUUCCAAUCGUGAAUAGCAAAAAUUUGUAUUGCAAAAGAUCCCAGCAAGAGCGGCGCUUGUCAUGCAAGCGAUGCGAUAUACACCUAGACCCUGCAUCAGAAAGAUUCAUAGUCCUUUCAUGCAUGACAGAAAGUUUUCAUUUGGAAACUUCGCAUCACAAACGUUUGCAACUGUGGGGGUGGGGGCAUUUUUGACUGUAAUAUCGGAAGAAAACUCACCCUCGGGGAGGAACGUGAAGCGCAGCUCCGGCGGAGUACAAAAGCGCGGAGCGAAUGCGGUUGCUCCACCCCCGCAGAGUAGUUACAACAGCGGUGGCCGCGCCGGAGGUACUACAGGGCCGCCGCGGGAACCGCACACCAACGAUAACCAGCUGUCGAACAAGCGGCAACGGAAGCGGAGCGCUUCGGAGGUCGAGAAUAACCAAAGGGCCGGCGCGGGAAAGAAGUUGUACAAGCACGAAAAUAAUAAAUCCAAGGGAGACGACGUGUAUUCGAGCGACGAAAGGGUCGCGGGCGGCCAGCCGGGGCAGAGGGGGGCCAGGACCAAGCAUUACGACGGGCGCGCGAAGACGAGCAACGAGGACAAAGACGAACCGCAGGCGACCAAGCACCGCGGCCGCGGACACCGGGAGAAGGAGCAGCGCGAGGCUGAAAAGCAAAGGGACGCGGCGAAGCUGCGAGGAGUAGACCCGGAGCAGCGACGAGCGGGGCGGCCCGCGGGGCGAAGAGAGGAGAGGGGCGAGCAGCCAAAACCGCAGAAGCGAAACGACAGUCGUGCGGCGGCCGGAAAAGUUGUACCUGGCCCUGCGAGGGGGAGGGAAGGAAAAAAGGAGCUUGGCAAGCGCGAACGAUCCCGAGGCGACGAUUCAGACGGCGACAACUUCUAUGGACAACAGAUCGAGGAGCCGCCGAAGCGGCGACGGGAAGAGCGCCGGGAGCAAUCCCGGGGAGUGGCCAGGGAACGCACGGGAGGCCAAAGCCCGUUACCCGGCUAUGUCGGCCCCAAAAGUUCCAAGAACAAGGACCACUUAGUUUCGGUACCGAUGAUUUUUUUUCGAGAAACCCUAGUUUUGCGGACCAUACGAUCAUCACGACCGCUAUGAUCUCGUGGUUUGUCUUGACGAUUUUCAAAAGCAGCGAGAAGAGUAUUCGGUUUCUACAUCUCAAAAAUUUCGAAAACAGCGCGGCGACAAGUAUCGUGCGUACGACAGCGACGCAGAGGCGGGCGGCCCGGGCCCGAAAUACAGCCGGCGCGAGGACGCCUCACCCGAGCCGGUGCCAAACAGACGGAACGAAGUGAAGAAGCUGCCCCGGGAACACCGACCCGCACGAGGACAGUCCCGCGAUGGGAACCGGGACCACCGAGCCCAGCAAGAUCGGCAUGCGGAAGAUCCGCCUGGCAAGCGAGGGAACAACAGCCGGCGGCGAGAAGGCGGACCCCCGCCGGACACCAAACCGAGCGGUCGCCACGAGGAGCGCCGGGAACAGCCCCACCGGCGAGGGCGCGAGACUUCGAAGGAAAACAGCGACGCAGCGAGGAGUAGGGGUGCAGCUCUCGCGGCGCCGGCCGCCAAGAACCCGCCCCGGCGGGGGCGCGAAAGCCGGGGGAAGGGAGAAGAGGAAAAUGACCGGUACCGUAGCUACGAGAAGUCGUCCAGUAACCAGUACUACGGGCGGCCGGUGAGUAGCUCGAGCAACAACAAUUACACGACCGGCGACAAAAAUCACAAGGGCAACCACCCUGUGGUUACCCGUGGCCACGAGAAGGACCCCGAACCGCACCAGCGGAAGGUCGUGGGCCACAGCCGCUACGAGGCGGAGAUUCGGCGGGAGCAGCGGCGCAAAGAAGCCAAGCGGAAUUAUGUGGUCGACGACCGGCGCGAGCGCGACACCCACCGCGAGAACCCCGACCGCCGCCGGGCCGAGCGGGCGGACCGCAAGGCCUCGGACUCCAACGACGACCGUCCUGCGCACCACAAGUCCAACGCGCAGCUCGUGAUGGGCGGCAAUCGCGUCGCGAAGACCAUGGGCUCCCGCUUUUAUCGCGAUCGGGAGGAGAAGGAGAAAGCCGAGAAAAAAACCGUGACGCUCGUGCAAAACAACGCAAGUCGCCGGGGCAAAGAUCGAAGUGGAGAAAGGGAGAAAGACAGGAAGCGACCCGCGUCCCCGGCCCGUUCCGGAGAUGACCAUCGCGAGAAGAAGAAGGCGGUCUUGUCCCCAGCGCCGAGGGCGAAGCUGACCGCGCGCCGCGACGUGGAGAACCGAGCCAAGCAGGCGUAUCAAAUGCAAAAGUGUCUGGGUCUGGAAACUUGUGAUGCUGAGUGGCGUAGCAUGAGGAGGCCACAAGUGCUGGCUCAGCAUGACAAAUUUCUGAGCUUGUAGGUGUUACCCAUUCUGCAUGACAAACUGCGUCUCCGCAUGAGAGAAAAAUGCGGCUCUUGGGCAACGUGCAUGACAGCUUUAAGAGUCAUGCCAGACAAGCAUGACAAACAUGCAUAUUUCCAGACCCAGACAUUUUAACAUUUGAUAAGGCGGAGCGGGAGGCGAAAGAGGAGACGCGGAGCAGCAGGCGCGGAACCCCCGCGUUGGCGCCACGCGCAACCCCGGAUGAGGACGUUUUGUCUUCUAGCGACGAGAACAAAUGAUGACGAUUGUUCGUAGACUGUUAUGUAAGAGGUUGUGAGCCUCUUGAACUUGAUCCCUGAGAAUAUUUUCGUCGACUUAGUUUGUUGAACUGGUCAACAGAGUUUUCCGUUAGUGACAAGGGAGGUGGAGUCCGAACUACACUGCAGGUUUUUCCCGCACUGCUGUCAUGUACUAGCAAUCGGCUGCUCCGCGUCAGGAGUCAGGAGCAGCGUGUAUAUGACACAUGACGAGAAGACUUAGUGCUCAGUAUGACGACGUGCCGACUCCUGUCGCGCGUCCAUAUGAAGUUCCACUGUUGUCACAAAUGAAAGGAGGCAUUACUGCGACUCAGCGAGCGAAGACUUUUGUGGUUUCUUGUGCCAGAACAACACCUAACCCUCAGACCAGGAAUGAAUGGAUGAAAAGGAGCCGACACAACGAGGAAUCCUUCCGGAAUUUGCGGAUACGACUCUUAGCGAAUAUAGUAGGGGUUAUUUUUUUUUUAUACCACGACACAAAAUGAUAUGUAUAAAAUUUAUCAAAGACUUUCAUACUUCUAUGCGACAAACACCAUUUUCAUCUUUUGUCCGGAUUUUGGAAACCUGACUGAAUCAGCGG